GAAAGUAAAUAACGGAGACGUGUUGGUGUACGUGUGCUACAAAUCGGCAACACGCGGUGAAACUUCUCUAAAUGGCUGAAUCGUUAGUGUGUGGUGUUAAAAGCCCAUCGUGAAUAUUCAGUGCUGUAAUCGUUCGGUGGCGUUGAAGGUGUUAAAUUACGAUGCUCUCGAUGGACGAUGUGCUAAUACUGACCCAUUGGAAGGUGUAAGUUCUCCCCGGGAGACAGAAAACCUCUCUCGGCCGAACACGUCUUACGAGACGAGUCAUUUGUAAAUCACAUAAUAAGACGCGAAAUGAUUGCAAUUGACAGUAACUAGUGGUGUAAAAAUUAAAUAAUUAACACGCACUCUACAUUGGCGCGGCAGAUGUAGAAAGUCGUUUUAGAAGAGUUGUUUGUAGAUUCAGUCACCUCAUCAGAGUUCUUUUUUUGCUUCAGAACAAUAUAAAACUGGUCCACAGGGGGGCGUUACUGUAUUAAUUUUCUAUUCUACACUAGGUCGGUGAACACUUAAAAAAAUGCGAAGUGCCUUUUUUAAAAAAAAAUCCAUUUUUGUUGAAUGUUUGUUUUUACACAUUUAGAAUGUAAUAGUGUAAUAGCGAGCUAUUAUGCUGUCAACUGAAAGAAAAUAUUAUGAGACAAAACUGUUAAUAAUUUGUUUGUUGUUAAAAUCAUACUUUUAAUCAAUGCCUGCCAGUUUGAAGAGCUUUAAAUCCAACAGUCUAAUUAUGUAGGAGAUUAGCUUAUUUAAAAAUAAAAUGUUUAAUAAUAAUAAUUAAAGUCCAAUAUUUAUGUUGAAGUAAGCUAAGACAAAAAAAAGUACAAUUUGAUGUAGCCAACCUUUUGCAUUAGUGGAUACAAGAUUGUCCUAUCUCUUAAAAAAUAAAUCUAACUUUUAAUUGCAUUAUGUAUUUAUUUAUUAUUUGUUUAAUUAAUGAUUAUUGUUGCGCCUUUGUCUUGCCAUUGCAAGAUGCAACGUUUAUAGUUUAAAUAUUUACGUUUGAGUAGGAUCCAACCUGACUCUUACCUUUUUUAAUGCAAUAAUUUAAACAUGCUUAUUUUUUUUCCCUUUGGUUAUUACAUUGAGCAGUUUCUGCAUUUUCCGAGUUAAAGUUUAAAAUCCAUAAUAUUUGUUUAAGCCACUUUGUACUGGAAAAGUAGGGUAAGGCUAACAUUCUCAGUGAAUAACGACUGCUUUGAAACAAUAUUUGCAAAGUGAUUACUUUUGUCAAAAGUGCAAAGAUGCCCCUGAUGUAUUUUAUCCUACUUAAAGUGCAUCCCGAAACACAGCGCACGGAUGACGGAGUGUGAGGCGCUCUCUGAUUGGUCGACGCUGAGCUCAUUGUUAUGCUGUCAAUCCAAAUCACAUGGCCGAGCCUCUAUUAACAGCUGAGCUUAGCGCACAACUUUGCAGAGUUCCGUGGCAGAGCAGAGCAAGACACACGGGACUGGCGUGGAGACUUUUGAAAGAGUUCGGUGCUUUUCACUUGGCAAGAGUUUCAUCCCUCUGAACUUUUGACUGACCACCGGCUACUUUAUUUUGCGAGGCUCUUUCGUUUUCUUUCGAGUGCUCGGCACCACUUUCAAGUCGUUUGAAUGUAUAACAUGAUGGAAACCGAGAUUAAAAGCCCCCUUCCGCAGUCCAACACGGGCUCGGCGGCGGGCGGCAAAAACAACAGUGCCAACGACCAGGACCGGGUGAAGCGGCCUAUGAAUGCUUUCAUGGUGUGGUCCCGCGGGCAGCGGAGGAAGAUGGCACAAGAGAAUCCUAAAAUGCACAACUCUGAGAUCAGCAAGCGCCUCGGCGCUGACUGGAAACUUUUGACUGACGCCGAGAAGAGACCCUUCAUUGAUGAGGCCAAGCGGUUACGAGCCAUGCACAUGAAGGAGCACCCGGAUUACAAAUACCGUCCCCGCAGGAAGACCAAGACCCUGCUGAAGAAAGACAAGUACUCCUUGCCCGGAGGACUCUUGGCACCCGGUGCCAACGCUGUCAACAACGCCGUCUCGGUGGGCCAGCGGAUGGACUACACGCACAUGAACGGCUGGACGAACAGCGCGUACUCCCUCAUGCAGGACCAGCUGGCCUACCCGCAGCAUCCCAGCAUGAACAGCCCCCAGAUCCAGCAGAUGCACCGGUACGACAUGGCGGGACUUCAGUACCCGAUGAUGUCCACGGCCCAGACCUACAUGAACGCCGCGUCCACGUACAGCAGCAUGUCACCAGCAUACACGCAGCAGACUUCCAGCGCAAUGGGUUUGGGCUCCAUGGCUUCGGUGUGCAAGACGGAACCCAGCUCUCCUCCCCCGGCCAUAACCUCUCACUCUCAGCGUGCUUGUUUGGGAGACCUGAGGGAUAUGAUAAGCAUGUACCUGCCCCCCGGAGGAGACAGCGCCGACCACUCCAGCCUACAGACCAGUCGGUUACACAGCGUUCAUCCGCACUAUCAGAGCGCAGGGACUGGCGUGAACGGAACGCUACCCCUAACCCACAUUUGAAAGACUCCUAAAAAAAAAGACUAAGUACUUCGGAUACUUGAACAUUUUGAUUUGCAAAAAAGAAUCGAAGUUCAAUUUCGUUUUUAAAAAAGAAACUAUUUUUAAUCUCAAUGAGUUGUCCGUUUUAAAGCAUUUUAUGACGACAUAUCGGGGACUUCAGAAUAAAUUGUAUUGCAGAGGAGCUUUUUAUCAUAAGCUGUAAAGCAAUCAACGUCUGUAGAAGAAUAUUGGACUUCUGACUUAUUUGCCGUCAGAGUUUUGUCUCUAUGAAAAAGGCACGUGGCUUCGUGAAGAGGCUGUAUUUCAAAAACAAAAAAGAAAGAAAGAAAAAUGGAGGGAGAGUAUGUUCACUCAUAAAUGUUUACACUUAUUUUUAGAAUGUCGGUUUUGUCCAAAUCUGUGUAGUCUUUUUGUUGUUCAUUUAUGAACUAGGUUUUAUGAAAUGAAAGACUGUGCUGGUCGCAAGCGCAAAGUUUGUUUUAUUUAUAGUGAGUUGUUUUUUUUAAAAGCUUGUGAACCAUUGUACGUCUUGUUGAAAUGUUCCACUUUUGUUUUGUGAAUCUUCCUUUUCUGUGAUGUUAUGGCAGUAUCAGGUUAACCCAUUAUGUGGGACGGAGAGUUUUAUUUAAACUGACGUUUCUACUUAAGACCAUCCUAUUCCUAAAUGAAUAAAUUUGUUUUACAAAAAAGCUUCAUGGCUAGAUAUGGUUUAUUAUUAUCCUCUUUGGUUCUUUUAAUCGUACCGGAAAACCAGUGUCAGAUUUACUCAAAUUCGCUUUAAGCCAAAUGUGGUAAUUUGAGGCGAUCGGUUAAAUGAAGAGUAAAUAAGCGAAUUCAGACACGCUCGCUACCGAGCAGAUGUCAACACCCAGUGAUUGUUAUUAAACAUCCUCAUCAAACAGCAAAUAUAUUUGUGCCUUUGUCUGUAAAUCAAUAAAAUAUCAUUCUAUAAAUUAGUCCAUUUAAACUAAUGUAAGCAUCUCAGCCAAAAGCGGAUGCUUUUUUCUUCAAGUUUCAACUGGUGAUAAUAGACCAUAAAAAUAAAACUUGCGUAUCGUUCUUUCCAAAUUAAUUGUUUCCGUAAGAUUUAAACUCUACUGAUGAGGCAGUUCUCCUUUGCGAGAGUAUGCAACACAUAAAACUAAAAAUCCUAAAUGCUUAAAUGGAACAAAAUAUUUUUUUUACCUCACAUGAACUGUCAUGCAUAUUCAAACUGUGUAAUUUCUUCCUGCAUUUUCGCUUGUUGAGUCGCCUAGGUACAUACAGUUCCUCAGAAUUACUUUGUAUAAUUAUGGUUAACUAUAAAUAUCCUUAAUCCUUUGAGUUUGUCAAAACCAGACGAUGAAACGGUUGAUAAAUUCUGACAAUUAUGUUCAUAAUAAGUGAUUAAUGCAGGGAUUAUUUCGUUGCUAUUUCACUUCAUGAGCUUAUAAAUUGUGGCCGAAUUUUCUGGGGUCAGACAGAGGUUAAAUAUUUGCUGUGCAUUAUUCAGCGGUUUGAAUAUCACACAAUAUUGUAUUUUGGUCUGUGUGUCAAUGGACCAUUUCUUGUUGUAGUUAGACAAGAAAAAGAGGCACAUACAAGGCCGUUACUGACUGCCUCUUGUAAUUUAGAGUGUCAUUUUCACUACUGAGUUCUCAAUAUGUAUAACAACCUAUAUGUUUUGUCUAAAAAUAAAGAUUCUUCAAUGUCUGUGGUUCAACAACAACAAAAAAUCUCUUUUAAUAAACAUACAUUGU